UCUGCACAGCCCCGCCCCGCACGGCCAGGCGAAGCGGAGCCGGCCGUGCGGUGUGUGUGUAUGUGUUCGCGGGGCGCCGUCUCAGCCCCGGGAAGAUGGUGGCGGCUGCGGCGGCGACUGAAGCAAGGCUGAAGAGAAGGACGGCGGCGACGGCAGCAUCCGCGGGCAGGAACGGCGGGCCGCGCCGGGACUGGGACGUGACCGGGGCUGGGAGGUCGGGACUGGAGGCCAGGCUGCGCCUCCCGCCGCUGCUGUCGCCGCCGCUCCGGCCGUGGCUGCUGCUGCUCCCGCCGCUGCUACUGCUGCUACCCUGGGAGGCCGAGGCCGCGGCGGCGGCGGCUGUAGUGUCGGGCUCAGCCGCAGCCGAGGCCAAAGAAUGUGACCGGCCCUGUGUCAACGGCGGCCGCUGCAACCCUGGCACCGGCCAGUGCGUCUGCCCUGCCGGCUGGGUGGGCGAGCAAUGCCAGCACUGCGGGGGCCGCUUCAGGUUAACUGGAUCUUCUGGGUUUGUAACAGAUGGACCUGGAAAUUAUAAAUAUAAAACGAAAUGCACGUGGCUCAUUGAAGGACAGCCAAAUAGAAUAAUGAGACUUCGUUUCAAUCAUUUUGCUACAGAAUGUAGUUGGGACCAUUUAUAUGUUUAUGAUGGGGACUCAAUUUAUGCACCACUAGUUGCUGCCUUUAGUGGCCUCAUUGUUCCUGAGAGAGAUGGCAACGAGACUGUCCCUGAGGUGGUUGCCACAUCAGGUUAUGCCCUGCUGCAUUUUUUUAGCGAUGCUGCUUAUAAUUUGACUGGAUUUAAUAUUACUUACAAUUUUGACAUGUGUCCGAAUAAUUGCUCAGGCCGAGGAGAAUGCAAGAUCAGUAAUACCAGCAACACUGUUGAGUGUGAAUGUUCUGAAAACUGGAGUGGUGAAGCAUGUGACAUUCCUUACUGUACAAAUAACUGUGGUUUUCCUUAUCGAGGCAUCUGCAAUUCAAGUGACGUCAGAGGAUGCUCCUGUUUCUCAGAGUGGCAGGGACCUGGAUGUUCAAUUCCAGUGCCAGCUAACCAGUCAUUUUGGACUCGAGAGGAAUAUUCUAACUUAAAACUUCCCAGAGCAUCUCAUAAAGCUGUGGUCAAUGGAAAUAUAAUGUGGGUUGUUGGAGGUUAUAUGUUCAACCACUCAGAUUACAACAUGGUUCUCGCAUAUGACCUUGCUUCUAAGGAGUGGCUUCCACUAAACCGUUCUGUGAACAACGUGGUUGUUAGAUAUGGUCAUUCUUUGGCAUUAUACAAGGAUAAAAUUUACAUGUAUGGAGGAAAAAUUGAUUCAACAGGGAAUGUGACCAAUGAGUUGAGAGUGUUUCAUAUUCAUAAUGAAUCAUGGGUAUUGUUGACCCCUAAGGCAAAGGAACAGUAUGCAGUGGUUGGGCACUCGGCACACAUUGUCACACUGAGCAGUGGCCGGGUGGUUAUGCUGGUCAUCUUUGGUCACUGCCCUCUCUAUGGAUAUAUAAGUAAUGUUCAAGAAUAUGACUUGGAUAAGAACACGUGGAGUAUAUUGCAGACCCAUGGUGCCCUUGUGCAAGGGGGCUAUGGCCACAGCAGUGUUUAUGACCACAAGACCAGGGCUCUGUAUGUUCAUGGAGGCUACAAGGCUUUUAGUGCCAAUAAAUACCGGCUCGCAGAUGAUCUCUAUAGAUACGAUGUGGAUACGCAGAUGUGGACCAUUCUUAAGGACAGCCGAUUUUUCCGUUACUUGCACACAGCUGUAAUAGUGAGUGGAAACAUGCUGGUGUUUGGAGGAAACACACAUAAUGACACAUCUAUGAGCCAUGGUGCCAAAUGCUUCUCUUCAGAUUUCAUGGCUUAUGACAUUGCUUGUGACCGCUGGUCAGUGCUUCCCAGACCUGAUCUCCACUAUGAUGUCAACAGAUUUGGUCAUUCAGCAGUCUUAUACAACAGCACCAUGUAUGUGUUUGGUGGUUUCAACAGUCUCCUCCUCAGUGACAUCCUGGUGUUCACCUCAGAACAGUGUGAUGCACACCGGACUGAAGUUGCUUGUUUAGCAGCAGGACCUGGUGUCCGGUGUGUGUGGGACACGGAGCUGUCUCAGUGUAUCUCCUGGGAGUUGACAAGUAAAGAACAUGAAGAAAAGUUGAGAUCAGAAUGUUUUUCCAAAAGAACUCUUGACCAUGACAGAUGUGACCAGCACACAGAUUGUUACAGCUGCACAGCCAACACCAACGACUGCCACUGGUGCAAUGAUCAUUGUGUCCCUAUGAACCACAGCUGCGCUGAAGGCCAGAUCUCCAUUUCCAAGUAUGACAAUUGCCCCAAGGAUAACCCCAUGUACUAUUGUAAUAAGAAGACCAGCUGCAGGAGCUGUGCCCUGGAUCAGAACUGCCAGUGGGAGCCCCGGAAUCAAGAGUGCAUCGCUCUGCCCGAAAAUAUCUGUGGCAUUGGCUGGCAUUUGGUUGGAAACUCGUGUUUGAAAAUUACUACUGCCAAGGAGAGCUAUGACAACGCUAAAUUGUCCUGUAGGAACCACAAUGCCUUUUUGGCUUCUCUUACAACCCAGAAGAAGGUAGAAUUUGUCCUUAAGCAACUGCGAAUAAUGCAGUCAUCACAGAGUAUGUCCAAGCUCACCUUAACUCCAUGGGUUGGUCUUCGGAAGAUCAAUGUGUCCUAUUGGUGCUGGGAGGAUAUGUCUCCAUUUACAAAUAGUUUAAUACAGUGGAUGCCAUCUGAGCCCAGUGAUGCUGGAUUCUGUGGCUUCUUGUCAGAACCCAGUACCUGGGGACUGAAGGCAGCAAUCUGUAUCAACGCACUCAAUGGUAGCGUCUGUGAAAGACCUGCAAACCACAGUGCCAAACAGUGCCGGACGCCAUGUGCCUUGAGGACGGCAUGUGGGGAGUGCACGAGCGGCAGCUCUGAGUGCAUGUGGUGCAGCAACAUGAAGCAGUGUGUGGACUCCAAUGCCUACGUGGCCUCCUUCCCUUUUGGACAGUGUAUGGAGUGGUAUACAAUGAGCAGCUGCCCCCCUGAAAAUUGUUCAGGCUACUGUACCUGUAGUCAUUGCUUGGAGCAACCAGGCUGUGGCUGGUGUACUGAUCCCAGCAAUACUGGCAAAGGAAAAUGCAUAGAAGGUUCUUACAAAGGACCAGUGAAGAUGCCUUCACAGGCCCCUACAGGAAAUUUUUAUCCACAGCCUCUUCUUAAUUCCAGCAUGUGUCUGGAGGACAGCAGGUACAACUGGUCUUUCAUUCAUUGUCCAGCCUGCCAGUGCAAUGGCCACAGCAAAUGCAUUAAUCAGAGCAUCUGUGAGAAGUGUGAAAACCUGACCACGGGCAAGCACUGUGAGACCUGCAUAUCUGGCUUCUAUGGUGAUCCCACCAAUGGAGGGAAAUGUCAGCCGUGCAAGUGCAAUGGGCAUGCGUCGCUGUGCAACACCAACACGGGCAAGUGCUUCUGUACCACCAAAGGCGUCAAGGGGGACGAGUGCCAGCUAUGUGAGGUAGAAAAUCGAUACCAGGGAAACCCUCUGAAAGGAACAUGUUACUAUACUCUGCUUAUUGACUAUCAGUUCACUUUUAGCCUGUCCCAGGAAGAUGAUCGCUAUUACACAGCCAUCAAUUUUGUGGCCACUCCUGAUGAGCAAAACAGGGAUUUGGACAUGUUCAUCAAUGCCUCCAAAAACUUCAACCUCAACAUCACCUGGGCUGCCAGCUUCUCAGCUGGAACCCAGGCUGGAGAAGAGAUGCCUGUUGUUUCAAAAACCAACAUUAAGGAGUACAAAGAUAGCUUUUCUAACGAGAAGUUUGAUUUUCGCAACCACCCAAAUAUCACAUUCUUUGUUUAUGUCAGCAAUUUCACCUGGCCCAUCAAAAUUCAGAUUGCCUUUUCCCAACACAGCAAUUUUAUGGACCUGGUACAGUUCUUCGUGACUUUCUUCAGUUGUUUCCUCUCUUUGCUCCUGGUGGCUGCUGUGGUUUGGAAGAUCAAACAAAGCUGUUGGGCCUCCAGGCGUAGAGAGGUAAGCCUCAGUGGAUAAAGAUGAAAGAAUCUCUGUAGUAGUUUUCUUUCUUUCUUUUUCUCUUAAGCAAGUUAGUUUUAGCUCUUUAGGGAUAAUCUGAUAUUAUAGAUAGACUUAUCCAGAGUAAGAAUUAUGCUGCCUUUUUGCAGCGUAUGGUUCUGUAGUAUAUAGUCAGUAGACUUACAUUGGUGCUACAUAAAGUGUAAUUAAUUCUACACCACAGGGUUUUAACUUCCUAAAAGGAAACUCCAGUGUUGAUUUAGAGAUGCCACUUUUAUCCUUCUUACGAGAAGCCAGAGUCCUUGACUCAGGCUGGUGAUCUGAGGGCUUAUUAGCCCACCCUCAGCCAUUCACUUGAUUUGGCACAUCCUUCUUGAGAGCCUUUCAUAAGAAUGAGAGUGAAGUCAGCCAUUUAAGUAUCUC